AUGGUUCAAGCAAUCUUCAACAAGAUGGUCAUUACCGCUGCUGGAGACUUCCCUAGUGGUUGCUCCAGAGAGCAGAUGGUCCAGUGGGUUAAGAUGCGCAAAGGCAAAUUCUCACUUCACUUGGACGAGACGACGACCCAUCUGCUGUUCACCGAUGAGGAGUUCAAGUCCAAGAACAAGCACCACCGAAUCAAAGAAGCAGAGAGAAGAAACAGGACGAAGCAUGCAAAAAAGAUUCACAUUGUGAGCUGGAGUUGGUUCACCAAAUCUUGCCGCGACAACAAGAGACCCGCAAUGAAUGAAUACAGAUACGAUGCCAUGAAGAUCAAAGAGGAGAAGGAGGCCCAGGCGCAGAUCGAAAGGGCCCGGGCUGCAGCGUCUGCUUACAGGUGGAUUCGUCCUGAGUCUUACAGUGUCGCUAAAGACCUGACCUCCUUCGAGUACAAGGUUGAUCUCUUCCGAUCAUCUGAGAAUGAGGACGGAACUCUGCACGAGAAGUACGAACUCUACUUCUUCCGGUCUCACUGCUCUAGGCCGCACAUGUACUGGUUUGGCGCAAAGCUGUUCCACAAGAAGGACAGCGGUAAGUGGGUUGAGCGCGGCAUUGAGCGCCCGAGUCCCAGUUGCUCAACCUUCCGGAACGAGUACGACAGAUUCAGAAAGUUCUUUGAGCUGAAGACCAAGAUUCGCUGGGCAGACAGAGUCGCCAGAGCUGGAACUCAAGAGAAAACUGCGUUCAGUUACUCCCCCCCGACUGGUGGAAAACCCGUGGGAUGCAGAAUGGUUGGUGCACUUUACAACAAGGCCGUCAGAAGCAACAAGAAGAUGCUUCGGCGCUAUGCUGAGCUCUUUGGAGACGAGUUGCCGGCCGACACCCAGAUCGAAGACGCAUGUAAUGACGUCUUGAAGGACAUCGUCGAUGAGGUCUGCACAGCCCCGGAGAUGGAUGCUGAAGAGGAGAAUGGGGUCAACGAGAUGACCAUGGCCAAGAUGAAUCUUAGCCCUGGCAAGAGCGACACUGUCGACUCUGAUAUGGAUGGACACGCCGAGGCCGACGUUAUUUCUGAUUCUGGAGCCAUGGCUCAGUUUUCUGAGAUUGAAGACAUCGUCAUGGAGGGCCACGUUGAGGGCGUUUAG